AUGCCGCCCCAAAUCAAGCAGGAUCUGAACCGCUCCGGCUGGGAGUCGACAGACUUCCCCUCCGUCUGCGAAAACUGCUUGCCUGACAACCCAUUUGUCAAGAUGCUCAAGGAGGAUUACGGCGCCGAAUGCAAACUCUGUACCAGACCUUUCACCGUAUUUGCCUGGAACGCCGACCGCGCCCAGGGACGCAAGAAACGCACCAACAUCUGUCUGACGUGCGCCCGACUCAAGAACUGCUGCCAGAGCUGCAUGCUCGACCUCUCCUUUGGCCUUCCCAUCGCUGUGCGAGAUGCAGCCCUCAAAAUGGUCGCUCCCGGCCCCCAGUCCGACAUUAACCGCGAGUACUUUGCACAAAAUAAUGAAAAGUUGAUCGAGGAGGGCAAGGCGGGAACCGAAGAGUACGAGAAGACCGACGACAAGGCCCGCGAGCUGCUACGCCGCUUGGCAGUCAGCAAACCAUACUUUCGCAAGGGGAGGACCGUUGACGAAUCCGAACUGCCGGGGAGCGGUGCCACAGGUGGUAAUGCUGCCAUGGGCGCAGGCAUCGGAGGACCAGGGCCUAUCCGAACACGAGAUAGCCGAGCUGCCGCGGCAUUCGGGGCCCGGCCAAGGGGCGGCAAGGGGCGGCAGGCCUUUCCCAGUACAGCCCAGCUACCUCCAAGCCCCAGGGACUGGCUGCCUCCCGACGAUCAGAACAUCAUGUCCAUGUUCGUGACGGGCAUUGAGGACGACUUGCCCGAACACAAGCUUCGCGAAUUCUUCAAGACCUACGGCAAGAUCAAGAGCUUAGUCUGCUCUCACAUGUCGCACUGCGCCUUUGUCAACUACGAGACGCGAGAGGCGGCCGAGAAGGCGGCGGCGGCCUGCCAGGGACGUGCCGUCAUUGCGGGGUGCCCCUUGCGCGUACGAUGGGGUCAACCCAAAGCUAUCGGGACCAUGGACAAGGAGCAACGGACACAGAUGCUACGAGACGCGCGGGUUCCACGGGAGCAAGACAGGACUCGGCAUCAGCACUCCAUCGAGGGCGGUGGACCCGAGGGUCAGCCCAGCGCGCCCGUGGUGGCCGCGCCUCCUGGGGCGGAAGACCAGCCCAACUAUGCCAGUCUCGCUGGUGACUAG